AUGAGCGCCAGCGGCCCCGGGGCCCCGGGCGACGUACCUGCGCCGCCGCCGCCGCCGCCUUCCGGGCCGGGCCCGGGGCCCGCGCCGCCGCCCGCCGCUGCCGCCCAGGACGCCAUGGACGGGCGUGCCGAGCCGCCCGCCUUCCCUCGCGCCGGGGCCCCGCUGCUUGCCGCCAGCGACACAGUGCCUGCGGCGCCCGAGGGACCUGGAGCCGCGCGUCCUGCCGCGCCCCUGCGUCCCACCUCCUUCUCGGUUUUGGACAUCCUGGACCCCAACAAGUUCAAUAGCCGCCGGCGCCGCUGCGUGCUGCUGGGCCCCACAACCUCCGCCCCCAGCGCCCUCAGUGCCCCCUGCGCCCCGGCCCCCGCCGCCUCGGGACGCCCGCCUCGCGCGGAGGAGUCGGAGCGCCGGGUCCUCGCCGCCGCCGCAGGAGCUGUAGCGGGAGCCGCUCCGCCGGGUUCCAGCUACCCCUACAAGACAGACGAGGCAGAGGCCAAUGGUUACAGCAGCAGCGGCCACAGCCCAAGUGCGGACAGCGGGGAUGAGGCCCCCGAUGAGGGGACUUCAGACGCCUCCCGAAGAGGUGGCAGCCGCGGGCCCCGCAGGUCAGGCUGCACUGGAGCAGUAGAGACGGAGGCAGCCACAGGCACCUUGGAGGAGGCUUCGGUCCCUGCACCCUGUGGGACCUCACCUGGAGUCCCGGGUGCACCAGAGGCAUCGACUGCAACAGCCGCAUCUGCAGCAGGCGGCACAGGGACCGGCCAGCAGGUCACAGCAGCCAAGCCCAAGCGGAAGCGCACGGGCUCCGACUCCAAAUCGGGGAAGCCGAGACGCGCGCGCACCGCCUUCACCUAUGAGCAGCUCGUAGCGCUGGAGAACAAGUUCAAGGCCACACGCUACCUGUCGGUGUGCGAGCGCCUCAACCUGGCGCUGUCACUCAGCCUCACCGAGACGCAGGUGAAGAUCUGGUUCCAGAACCGCCGGACCAAGUGGAAGAAACAGAAUCCGGGUGCUGACACCAGUGCACCAACGGGCGGCGGUGGGGGGGCGGGGCCGGGGCCAGGUACGGGGCUGCCCGGUGGGCUCAGCCCUCUCAGCCCAUCGCCGCCCCUAGGCGCACCGCUUGCCAUGCAUGGUCCUGCGGCAUACCCCGCACAUGGCCCCGGAGGGCUGGUGUGUGCUGCGCAGCUGCCCUUCCUGUCGGGCCCGGCCGUGCUGUCCCCCUUUGUGCUGGGCUCCCAGACCUACGGGGCGCCUGCCUUCUACACACCGCACCUCUAAGCUGGUGGGCAGGCAGAACCCGCAGAUUAGCGAGUACCCCUCAUGCAGCGGGACCCAAGGAAAGUAUAAUUUCUGAAGGACCAACGGACCGAGCUCGGGCCACUGGGGCACUGUGCCGGAUCUGGAUCUCAAUAAACCCGGAGGCUGCGCCCAGUCUCACAGAUCUCUCACUGCCCAGAGCUUCUCCGGUAGGGAGGGCCCACUCCUGUGUC